AUGUCGGCCUCUGGAGACCAAAGUGCGCUCUUGCCACCGGGCACUCGUAGUCCCAACCUCGACUACAGCCAGCGAUCCUCGAGACGCUACGGGCCAGCAGCUUCGACUGACCCUGUCCCCUCAACUGCAUCUUUGCUCGGAGGCUCUGCUGGUUCGCGUUUGUCGUCUGGUUCGCGGUUGUCGGCUCCCAGGUCGACAUCUACCCACGGUACCCGUGGUGGAGCAGCAUCAAGUGCCAGCGACGGAUGGGGCUGGAACGACCCCGAGGCUGACGACUAUCUCCACAACCCAGACCCCAAGCGUGACCGCAAGAAUGAUCGCGGCGGCUCAAUCUUCACUCUGCGUGGUAUCGUGAACAUUGGGUGCCUUGUCCUCCUUCUACUUUGCCUCAUCACUCUCUUCGCUGGGUACCCGAUUAUCACCACCUACACGGACCGCCACCAAACUAACAACGGCGCGUUCAACCUCGGGGGCACGAAUGCCACUGGCCAAGUCCCGUUGAUCCCUGGGUUUCCAAGCCUCAUCGACCCAGACACGCCUCUGGCGGCUCACAGUCGCGUGGGCUACGACGGGAAGGGUUACGACCUCGUCUUCUCGGACGAGUUUAACAAGGAAGGUCGGACAUUCUACCCUGGCGAUGAUCCAUUCUGGACUGGAGUCGAUUUGCAUUACUGGCCCACUGUGGACCUGGAAUGGUACCACCCCUCUGCGAUUACCACGGAGGGUGGGAACCUCCGGAUCACCAUGACGCAGGAGCCCAUCAACGACCUCCAGUUCAAGUCCGGUAUGUUGCAGUCGUGGAACCAGAUGUGUUUCCAGUGGAGCUACUACUUCGAAAUCUCCGUGUCCCUCCCCGGCAACAAUCGUAUUGGUGGCUUCUGGCCCGGUGUAUGGACUCUUGGUAACCUAGGCCGGGCUGGUUACGGCGGCACUACCGACGGUCUUUGGCCGUACACGUACACCGCUUGCGACGUUGGCACCCUGCCUAACCAGACUUGGCCGGCUGGUUCUGGACAGACCACGCCUCCUGGUGGCAUGACGACGUCAGACGGUGAUCCGUUGUCCUUCCUUCCGGGUCAACGUCUUUCCUCGUGCACAUGCAAGGGCGAGGAUCACCCCGGGCCCAAUGUUGGUGUAGGGCGGGGAGCGCCAGAGAUUGACGUUAUUGAGGGCCAAAUCGACACGUCGAGGAGAAGGGGUCAGAUGUCGCAAUCUGCGCAGGUCGCUCCGUUCGACGCCGAUUACCAGUUCGACAACUCUUCAGCGGGUGCGACCAUUUGGGCCACAGACAUCACCAUGUGGAACUCAUACCUGGGCGGUGUCUAUCAGCAGGCCGUCUCAGGUUUGGUGUAUGUGGAAAACAGCGUUUACACUGGCACCAAUGGUGAUUUCAACAUCUACGGUGUCGAGGUGUUCGCCGACAAGAAUGACGAGAGCAAGGGAUACGUUACCUGGGUGUCUGGCAACGAGAAGUCGUGGACCAUGGAGGCCAAGUCCACAGGACCGAACCCGCUCUCGGGUGUCAGCCAGCGGCCCAUCACGCAGGAACCCAUGUACUUGAUCAUCAACUUUGGCAUGUCAAACGGCUUCCAGCAGGUCGACUUCCAGAACCUCCAGUGGCCAGCUUACAUGCUCAUCGACUACGUACGUGUGUACCAGAUCCCCGACUACGGUUAUCUUGGUUGCGACCCUGAGGACCACCCCACAGCGGCGUACAUCAACUCUCAUCCCGAGCCGUACAACAACCCGAACAUCACGCUUUUCAGCCAAGCCGGCUACAACUUCCCUAAGAACAGUCUGCUGGAGACAUGUUAG